AUGCAGUCGCUGGUCCUCCUUGUUGUCUUGAUGGGCGCGGUCGUCGCCAUCGCGUGGCUCGUCCUGAACCCUCACCCUCCCACGUUCCGGCUCGACUCCCUCUCCCUCUCCGGCCUCCCCAACGCCUCCGACAUCUCGUCCCCUCCUCUGAAACUCCACAUCAGAAUCCUGCUCACCGCGUCCAACCCCAACAAGAAACUCGCCCUGGCCAUCCAGGACGUCGACCUCUUUGUCGCGCUAUUUCAACACGGUCACAGGCUCCCUCUCUCGAGCCACAACGACACAUUACCAUCAGAAAAUUACAUCAGCAAGAGGGGCCACCGAGCCCUCACGGUCGUGGCGGAAGCAGGCCUGCCGCCUGGCCGCGGAAGGAGAAUGAAGAGGCUAUAUCAGUUCACUCAAGGGUCGGCGGUGAUGUUGGUGAGGAUGAAGGUUACGGUCAAGUUCAUGCACGGGUAUUGGCCGAGCAAGCAAGCAACGGUGAAGGUUGGAUGCGGGCAUUUGACCAUCGGGAUUUCGCCGUCGACACAAACGGGGGAGUUAAAAGAAGGAGGGAAGGAUUGCAGGGCUGGCUUCGCUUAA